ACUUUUGACAGCUCAGCUCUAAUUCUCACUCCACAUUUCGCCUAAUCACAUUUACUUUUUGUCGUACCAUUCGAAAUCGAGAGAAUAACUACCACAAGUUGAACCAAAAUGCCGGACGCAGUGCAGCAGAGUUUCGUGCGGAGCUUCAUCGAUUACCUGAAGAAGCAGUUGGACGCGAUGUCGCCGGACCAAAGUGAGAGCAUCGAGGUGGCUAUCCAGUGCCUGCAGGCGGCCUUUGACGUGGGCGAUGAUGUGGAUGAUGCGGCGCAGGACGCCGCCGGCCAGGAUGAGGCCACCACACAGAGCAGCACAUCCAGUGCCCCCGGCGGCGAUGCGCUGGGCGCCAGCGGCAGUGGCAGUGGCCCCCCGAAAAACAUCGACAUAUUCGAUCUCUUCCAGUCGCUGUAUAUUGAACGCAAUCCGGAAUACCUGGCCCUGGCCGAUUCCAUUAAGAACGAGGGCAACCGGCUGAUGAAGGAGUGCAAGUAUAACGAGGCACUGCUGCAGUACAACCGGGCCAUCGCUUUCGAUCCGAAGAACCCGAUCUUCUACUGCAACCGGGCGGCGGCCCACAUCCGACUGGGCGACAACGAACGAGCCGUCACCGAUUGCAAAUCCGCCCUGCUGUACAACACCAACUACAGCAAGGCGUACUGCCGCCUGGGCGUGGCCUAUUCCAACAUGGGCAAGUUCGCUGAGGCGGAGCAGGCGUACGGUAAGGCCAUCGAGCUGGAGCCGGACAAUCCGGACUACCGGAACAACCUGGAGGUGGCCAGGAAUGCUAGGAAUCAGCCGCCGCAACUGUCGCAUCUGACAGACGGUCUGAACGCCAUGCUGGCCAAUCCAACGGUCAGGAAUCUGUUCAGCAGCGCCGAAAUCGAUCUGGAGCAGCUGCAGUCGAUGACCCAGAAUCCGAUGGUGAUGAAUACGAUUGGCCAGCUGUUCGCCAACAUGGGUCAGCCAAAUGCCGGAGGAGCUGCUCCCGGUGUCGGUGGUGGUGCUCCUCCUGGUGCUCCUGGCGGCGGUGGUGCCCCACCACAGAUCCCGGCCAUGCCCAACGACAUGCUGCAGCUGUUCCAAAGCUUCGCCAGCCAACUGGUGGGCGCCCAGCAGCCGGGCGGUGCACCCAAUCCGAACGGCAAUCCUGGACAGCAGCCUGGCAAUCAGCCUCCGCCGAGCAUCUAGUGGGCGAGAAAUCGUAGCCAGGAUCGGGACGGCAACACAGAUUAAGUUUUUAAGCUGAAACUAUAAUUACUGUAUUUAUAAUGUUUAAAUGGCUUCUAUUACGCAAAUACAUAUAUAUAUUUUUAUUAAUGGUAAUAAAUACAUAUAUGCAUCCCAAUAGCUGCGUGGCCUGCAA